CCACCUCCCUCUCUCUCUCUCAAUAGAUCUUUGAUAUUUCAUUUUGCUUUGAUCUCAACAACAAUGGCGGAAAACAAAGGGAAACCAUUGCCAAAGUUUGGGGAAUGGGAUGUGAACAAUCCGGCAUCAGCCGAAGGAUUCACAGUCAUUUUCAGCAAAGCUAGUGACGAGAAGAAGACCAAGAAAGCAUCCGGCGCUGGCCCUAAUAGUCUGGUUUCACCUCAGAGAAACCAAAACUCCGAUCAAAACAAUAACCAUAGUUCCCAAAACCCUAAAGCUAAGAACAAAUGGUUUUGCUUCCGUUAAAUCCUGCCAUCUUCUGAAGAAUCCGAGGGGUAGGGAAGCUGAAGCAGUUUUGCAGAGAGGUCUCAAACAAAGUGAAACAAAAGGGUUAACGCUUAAAGACCCAUAUAUCUCAGCUUUCUUCUUCUUCUCUCUUCUGCUGAUAUUAUACUUGUUCAGUAUACUUUUUGUUCCUUUCUUUUUGUUUGCCAACAUUUUGCGCACAAUGGAUAUAAUUUGUAUCUUUUGACUCUCCAUCUAAGAACUAUGGAAAUAAGAUUUUGAGUAAUUG